CCUGCUGCCCCCAGCUCGGGCGUCGCCACAGUCUCCUCCCGCUCGGAUACUGGUCCCGUGAGCCACCCUCGGGGGAGCGGGAGCGGGGUUCGGGCUGCGCACCCUUUCCGCGGACCGGUAAACUCUCUCCGAACUAGGUGUUGGGGGAUGUCCCGGGGGCCAGAUCUUCCCUCCUCCCUCCCUAGCCUUCCCCCGGACGCCCACAGGGCGCGGGGAGGGGAGUGGUGAGCAGCAGCCGAGCGUGACUGCGUCUGGGUCCCAAGCAGCCGGGCUCGGGCGCCCGCUGGGGUCCGCGGCCCGCCUCCCGCCCACGUGGCCGGCCAGGCCUCUCCGCCCCCCGCCCCGCCCCGCCCCGGGGAGCCGCCCCCGUAGCUGCCGCUGCCACCAGCGUAGCCGCGGUGCGCUCUGCAGCCCCGCCAGUCGAACCCGUGCUGGGCGCCGAGAAAGAAGGCCUGGAUCUGCCACACAGUGUCUAUGGACAGUUCCAGAGUAAUGAAUCAGUGUGUCUUCAGAGGAAUGGAAGAAAACAAGGAAAGGCCUAAACGGCAGCGGCAAAACAACUUUCCCAUGUUUCCGUCUCCUAAAGCCUGGAAUUUCAGAGGGCGAAAACGGAAGCAGAGUACCCAAGAUGAAGAUGCCGUUAGCCUUUGUAGUCUUGAUAUAAGUGAGCCUAGUAAUAAACGAGUCAAACCCCUCUCCAGAGUCACAUCCCUAGCAAACCUCAUCCCACCUGUGAAGGCCACGCCAUUAAAGCGCUUCAGCCAAACCCUGCAGCGCUCCAUUAGCUUCCGCAGCGAGAGCCGUCCCGACCUCCUCACCCCCCGACCCUGGUCCAGAAAUGCUGCCCCCUCGAGCACGAAACGGAGAGACAGCAAGCUGUGGAGUGAAACCUUCGACGUGUGCGUCAAUCAGAUGCUCACGUCCAAGGAAAUCAAACGUCAGGAGGCGAUCUUUGAGCUUUCUCAAGGAGAAGAAGAUUUAAUAGAGGACUUGAAAUUGGCAAAAAAGGCCUAUCAUGACCCCAUGCUGAAACUGUCCAUAAUGACAGAACAAGAGUUGAAUCAAAUUUUUGGAACACUGGACUCCCUGAUUCCUCUACAUGAAGACCUCCUUAGUCAGCUUCGAGAUGUCCGGAAGCCCGAUGGCUCGACUGAGCAUGUCGGUCCCAUCCUCGUGGGCUGGCUGCCUUGUCUCAGCUCCUACGACAGCUACUGCAGCAAUCAAGUAGCUGCUAAAGCUCUGCUGGAUCACAAAAAACAAGAUCACCGAGUCCAAGAUUUCCUACAGCGAUGUUUAGAAUCCCCCUUUAGCCGCAAAUUAGAUCUCUGGAAUUUCCUUGAUAUUCCAAGGAGCCGUCUGGUGAAAUACCCUCUGCUUCUUCGAGAAAUCUUGAGGCACACGCCAAAUGAUAAUCCGGAUCAGCAGCACCUGGAAGAAGCUAUAAACAUCAUUCAGGGAAUUGUGGCAGAAAUCAACACCAAGACUGGAGAAUCUGAAUGCCGCUAUUAUAAAGAGCGACUUCUUUACUUGGAAGAAGGCCAGAAAGACUCCCUGAUUGAUAGCUCAAGGGUGCUGUGUUGUCAUGGUGAACUGAAGAACAACCGGGGCGUGAAACUACAUGUUUUCCUGUUCCAAGAAGUACUUGUGAUCACUCGAGCCGUCACUCACAACGAGCAGCUCUGCUACCAGUUGUACCGGCAGCCCAUCCCCGUGAAGGACCUCCUGCUGGAAGACCUGCAGGAUGGAGAAGUGAGGCUGGGCGGCUCCCUGCGUGGGGCAUUCAGCAACAAUGAGAGAAUUAAAAACUUCUUCAGAGUAAGUUUCAAAAAUGGAUCCCAAAGUCAGACCCACUCACUACAAGCCAAUGACACGUUCAACAAACAGCAGUGGCUCAACUGUAUUCGUCAAGCCAAAGAAACAGUUCUGUGUGCUGCAGGGCAGGCUGGGGUACUUGACUCCGAGGGACCAUUCCUAGAUCCCACCACCGGGAGCAGGGAGCCACAGGGAGACACAAAACUUGAGCAGAUGGACCAAUCGGACAGUGAAUCAGAUUGUAGCAUGGACACAAGCGAGGUCAGCCUUGACUGUGAGCGCAUGGAGCAGACAGACUCUUCCUGUGGGAACAGCAGGCAUGUUGAAAGCAACGUGUGACAGAAGCGUGUACUUCCUGGAAGUAGCCCUGUGUCUUACCUGUACAGUAUUUGCAUUCCACACAUGGAACGGUUUGGAGAAGCACUUUUUAAUACAUAGUGACUGUGUUGACCCAGUCUCUUCCAUCUGUACUUUUUUGUCCCUAGUACUGUAACUGCCAACCUGUGUCAGCUGGAAUCUGUGGCACCUGUUACCCUGUAUUGUAUUUCACAAGUGUCUGGAUGGAUGGAGAAGUACUUGAACAAAUUACUUUCACUUGUCCUGCUGAAUUUUAAAAAAUAGAAAGAAAACAAUCUCUAAACUACAUGUUCCAUGUAGAUUACUUAAAGCGUCCUUCCAUGUUUCUCUAGAGCUUUUCUGGCUCUUCGACAGGGUAGCUGAAGGCAUAAAAUUUAAAGGGCCUUGCAAACAGGGCAUGAGAAAGUUACUUGUGUUUUGUGAUGGCAUUUGAAGGAGAACCGGGAAAGAUCAGUGUUUCAAGUUAAAUUGGUUCAAUGUCAUCCAACCAAAAAGCAUGAAAACAUCCCUCGGGAUUCUGAAGGUUUAAUUUUGCAAAGGAAGAAGCACUCUCUUGACCUUGCAAUUUCAUCCAGUACAAAUUUGAUGCAAUAAUCUAUUAGGACAUGAAAUAAAGUCUGACCUUAAAAGGAUCAGCACAAAAGCAGCUGUCAGCUCUGAAUCUUGAACUGAAGUGUGCGUUGCACCAAGAGGCCUCUGCCAUAGAUGCUGGCUGGCCUUAGCCAUUUCUAGCCUAAAAUAUCAGGAUAGAACUCAAAGGGCCUGGGAAAACCUGGCAGGAUAGCAAAAAGGCCCGUCUUUGCUUUGUUUCAUCUGCCUAGGCCUGCUCGUAUUUUAGAGCAUGAAUGAAGAAAUGAGGAAGAGACUGCCACUCAGUCAGUGACUGUUUACAGAAACAGGUGAGAAGAAGAAUUUGCAAGUGCUCCAUUGUGACCGUAUGUGGGAAGCAUUAAAAGCGAAAAGCAAGGUCCAUUGUCCUUCUGGGAAAAACCAGAGCCUUGGGUUUUCCUGCUCCACUUUUGGGUCAUCAUUUGCCAUCGCUGGCUCUGUGCUGGGAUCAGAAUCAUAAUUACAUUCUCCAGAGGCCGACUUAAUUAACUGUAUCAUUAAUUAGGAUCAGUUAGCCAAACUAGUAACCUCUUUGUCCAGCCUUGAUUUACAAUGCACGGUGAGUCACAGACCUUUAAAAAAGUUAACUGAAUGCACAGAAAAGCUCCCUGCGAGGGUAAAUGUUAAAGAUAACUUGUGCAAAAUUGUACCCACACCAGCACUAGUAGUAAUGAUUCUAAAUUAUUGCCAAAAAAAAAGUUUGUUUGUUUUUUUAAAUCUGUCUUUCAAGUUUACACAAAGGAAAGCAGUAAAUACUCUGUUGUCAGUUUAUUAUGUGUCUAUCAUGUGCAUUCAAAGAAGCUGUGUGACAAGAUUUAUCAAUGUAAAACAAGGUAUAGUACUUAUUUUUGAAAAAAAAAAAAUGUUGUGGUCAAUUUUAUCCUGUAAAACAUAUUUCUGUAUUUAUAGAUUUUAAACACAGUGAAUUUUUUUUUUCUAUUACAAGUUUAUUUAAAACUGCUUUGUUUCUCAAGUUGUUAUUGAUUUAGCGACUGAAUGAAUCUGCUGCAGACAGAAGCAGAGAGAAGCCGAGAAAAGUUGUUUGAUGGUGGGGAAAAGAAUGAAUCAUUCUUUGCAGGAGCCAUCAGCCACUUUGUCCAGCAUGUUGAGAAAAGAGGUCUGUCAAGGGCUGGCCAAUGAGAAGAAAGUCAGUGAAUGUUUCAUGAAAUGAAUGUUUUUGUAUAAUGGCCUUAAACUUUUCUGGAAGCAUUUCAAAUAAAUUACAUUAAAAAUGUCAUCUUCUUUGUAUAUAGUACUUGCCCUACAAACAUCAGACUUCAAUGAUCUUCUUGGGAUGUUCUUUCCAAAAUUUUUGCUUGUAUGCAAAUACACACA